AUGGCCGCCAGCGCCAAGCGAAAGCAGGAGGAGAAACACCUGAAGCUGCUGCGCGACAUGACAGCGCUGCCGCCCAACAGGAAAUGCUUCGACUGCGACCAGCGGGGACCGACCUACGUCAACAUGACCAUCGGCUCCUUCGUCUGCACGUCCUGCAGCGGCAUCUUACGAGGGCUGAAUCCCCCGCACAGAGUGAAGUCUAUCUCAAUGACCACCUUCACACAGCAUGAAAUCGAAUUUCUGCAAAAGAAUGGCAAUGAGGUGUGUAGACAUAUUUGGUUGGGAUUAUACGACGAAAGAUCCUCUGUUUAUCCAGACUUCAGAGAUCCUCAAAAAGUCAAGGAUUUCUUGCAGGAAAAAUAUGAGAAGAAGCGAUGGUUUGUCCCAGCAGAGCAGGCCAGGGCAGUGGCAGCAGCCCAUGCUUCGAUUUCAGGUUCCUCAGCAAGCAGUGCGAGCAGCACUCCAGAGGUAAAACCACUGAAGUCCCUCCUGUGUGAAACUGCAUCAACACUGCCUUUAAACAAAGGGACACCAAACCAAUCCCCAGCUUUUAGUCAUUCCCAAGGAUCUCAGCAACAGGACAAGAAAGUGGCAGCGUUUGACCUGCUUGCUGACCUGGGAGGUGAUAUUUUUGCUGCUACUGCUCCUCAGUCUGCACCUCCAAGCUUCGCAAACUUUGCACUUUUCAACAGUCACACAGCGCCGACGUCUGUGAACACAGAGUUUGCAAACUUUGAUGCAUUUGGAAGUUGUAACGCUUCUGAUAGUUUUGGAGGUUUCACCUCAGCAAGCCUGCCAGCUUUCCAGUCCAACAGUACAGUGUUCAGAGCGCGUCCAACAGGCUGCAGUUUUCGUGGUGUUACUUCUGCUUUCCAUGUCCAGGCUGCACACAGUGGAGACCCUGCGUCAACUAAUGCUAAUUUUGCAAAUUUUGAUAACUUCCCAAAAUCCUCUAGCGCUGACUUCGAAGCCUUUAGUUCCUCGGGGAGGGACUCCACACCAUCCGCUGCCCCUAAAACCCCUGCACUCUCUGUAGAUAAAUACGCAGCCCUUGCUGACCUGGAUAAUGUCUUCAGCUCCAAUGUACCCGCACAAGGAGCAAGUGGUCAACUCACUCAGUUUGGCUCAGCAUCUGUGGGAUCUGCUGCGAUGAGUGUCAACCAGUCGAGCUCCUCAACAGACAAGUAUGCAGCCCUAGCAGAAUUAGAUAGUGUCUUUAGCUCUCCGGCACCCUCUAGUAAUGUCUUUAGUACAAGCAGUGCAUUUGGGACGGCGCCCAGUGGCAUGGUAUCCCAGAGUCAUCCAGUGGUCAGCUGUACGCCAGCAGUGUUUGGAGCAUCAACCAAUCCUUUUAUAACAGCUCCUAUGCCACCUGGAGCUGCAACCAACCCUUUCCAGACAAAUGGAAGGACUGCAGGCCUUUUAGGAGCUCUACACACUCAAGCAUUUCCACAGGCUCAUUUUGCAGCUAGCUUUGGGACAGCAUCGAUGAGCAUGCCCACAGGGUUUGGGGCUCCAGCCGGGUAUACUCUCCCCACCAGUUUCAGUGGUGGGUUUCACCAGCCAGUUUUCCCUGCCCAGACGACCUUGCCUCAGCAUUCGGGCUUCCCGCAACAACCAGUCGUUGGAGGAUUCGGUUCAUUUGGACAACCAAAGCCAAUGGUCAUGCCAUAUGGUCAACCAGUGGGACCAUCUGCACUCUCUAGUAAUCCAUUUCUGGCUGGAGCUCCAACAGGGCAAUUUCCAACAGGAAACUCUUCAACUAAUCCCUUCUUAUAGCCCGCCUGGUCCCUGUGAGGAGUGUGUUGUUGGCAAAUGAUGUCUCCACGCCUCCUGCACAGUUGUCCACCGACCUUAGCUUUAAACACAAGUUUCUUAAAGCCUGUAUUUUGUAUAAAGCAGGGCAAUAAAUGCAGAAAAAAGGAGGUGCUUCCCUCGCACCUUUAUUUAACUGUUAUUGGGCAAAGGGUUAAAGAUGUAGCCGCAUCAUGUAUAUUGAAAUUGGCUCAUGUUAAGUUAUUGCAAAUCCCACUUUUCAUUGCUCUGCAGUACUGUACAUAUUUUUUCUUAGGAAUGUAGCUAUUUGUGCAUAUCAGUAUUUGUAAUUUUAACACAUUUAUGUGAAUGUGGAAUGUUACUGAGCAAGAACAUCGCCAGUACCUAUCAGGAUGAAUUUGCUAUGGGGAUGAUGGCCUUUUAACCGAACGAGAAGUUUUAUUAAUCCAGUGACCUACCCCGCUGAAAAAAAAAGGUUUGGUUUCUUUCUCAGAUGAAAGCUCUCUAAUUUAUACCAUGAGUAAAUGUAGAAAACGGCACUUCUUCUCUACCUAAUAACAGAGAUCAUGUUUUGCUACAAAGUUUGCAAGUGACAAAAUAAAUACAGUAUUAGUAAAAA